AUGCUUCGGAGUGUAGUUUACCUCGGUUCCUUUCCCAUUAAGAUCUUCAGGAAAGUUGACCUGGAUAGAACUGAACCCAAUACGAGUUUAGAGACUCUGAAGCUACGUACCCAAGCGGUCCGCGAUGGAGACUACUACAGGAUUUCUGGACAGAAAAUUUGGAUAUCUUCCGCGCAAGUAGCAAAAAAGAUGGUUCUGCUGGCCCGAACUACUCCGUUGGAGGAAGUGAAGAAGCCGUCUGAGGGUCUGUCCCUCUUCCUUAUAGACUUCGACAAGACCGCUCCUGGAUUGGAAUUGAAAAAGAUCAAAAAGAUGGGUGGUAGAGCAGUGGAUGCUAACGAGGUCUUUUUUGAUGACUAUCGGGUCCCUGCUGAUACCCUCAUUGGCCAGGAGGGUCAAGGAUUCAAAAUAGUUCUCUACGGGAUGAAUGCGGAAAGAUGCCUUCUUGCUGGGGAAGCUCUUGGGUUAGGGUACGUCGCUUUGGAAAAGGCAGCCAAUUACGCAAAACAGCGAGUGGUGUUUGGGAAGCCUAUCGGCCAGAACCAGGGGAUCCAGCAUCCAUUGGCGGCUGCAUACAUGAGUUUGGAGGCGGCGAAGCUGGCAACAUAUCAUGCCGCCAAGCUCUACGAUAUAAGCAAGGAGGACAGCUCCAUUCCCCUACAGGCAGUUGGCGUUGCAUGCAAUUCAGCAAAGUACUUAGCUGCAGAAGCAGCAUUCACGGCAUAUGAGAGAGCUGUUCUUACCCACGGUGGUAUGGGAUAUGCUCAAGAGUAUCAUGUUGAGCGGUACAUGCGCGAGUGUUUCGUUCCACGCGUCGCGCCUGUUAGUAGAGAGAUGAUUAUGAACUUUAUUGGCGAAAAGGCGUUGGGUUUGCCACGGAGCUAUUGA